GCUCGUAAACAUGGCAGAACUUAGCGGUAAUAAUGAGGAGAACUUGAACGAGAGUCAACACAAUACAGAUGUGCAGGAGGAACCAGGGGAUCCUGCCGCUGAGACGCCUGACACGCUGCUUCCACAAGAUGUUUUAUGUGACUCCUGCAUGGACAGCCCCAGCAGGGCUCUCAAAUCCUGCCUGACCUGUCUGGUGUCAUACUGCGAGGUCCAUCUCAGACCCCAUCUGGAGAACGCUAAAUUUCAAAACCACCGGCUGGUGGAUCCCCUCCACGACAUCGAGUGCCGGACUUGUGAGGUUCAUCAGCUCCCUCUGGAUCGCUUCUGUCUCCUGGACGGCUGCUGUGUGUGUCUGGACUGUGAGAGCCAGGAGCACGAGGGGCACACCACUGCAUCUGUGGGGGAGGCACGCACACAGAUUGAGACUGAGCUGCAGAAGAAACAAGAGGAGAUCACUCGGAGUGCCUCAGCGGCUGAAAAAGCAGUUGAAAAGCUACAAGGCAACAAUGGCAUCAUUAAGUCUUCAGUGCAGGAGGUUUGUGUUAUUGUCGAACAGCAGUUUGCCAGACUUCAGACAGCUGUAGAAGAGGCCAGAAAAGGAGCGGUGGAGGUGCUGGAGGGGGAGCAGAAACAGGCCCUCAGACAGGCAGAGGGCAUCCAGGCACAUCUGGAGCAGAGGAGAACAGAGCUGAUGAAAACUUCGGCUCAAAUGAACAAACUAUCCAAGAGCAAGUCUGAUGUUGACUUCCUGCAGGAGUACUCAGAGUGGAAAAAAGGCGUGGCAGAUGUGUGUCUGCCUUGUCCGCACAUCAAUCGCAUGGAACAUCUAACCUCUUAUGUCCAAGUAGUGACUGAUGCUACACAGGAGCUGUGUGACCUGAUUCUGUCCUCCUACAAGGAAAAACUGAAAUGUAUUGGUAAAAGCACUAAGUCCCAGAUGGAAGACUCUCAUCAUUCAUCUCUGCCUGAUCCUGAGACACGAGAGGACUUUUUGAAAUACACAAGGAAUAUGGCCUUUGACCCAGACACCACCCAUCAUUUCCUGCGUGUAACAGAAGACAACAGAAAGCUGACCAACACCAGCCCCUGGCAGCACAGCUACCCAGAGCACCCUGCUCGCUUCGAAUACUGGCGUCAGGCGAUGACCUCAGACAGCCUUUACCAGGGGAGACACUAUAUUGAAGCGGAGCUGAGUGGGGAGGGUGCACAUGUAGGAGUCACGUACAAGAGCAUCGAUCGUAAGGGAGAGCAAAGCACCAGCUGCAUCAAUGGGAACGACUUCUCCUGGUGCAUGGGAAGGAACAGCCGAGGGUUCUUUGCGUGGCACGCUGGAGUGGAGACACCUUUGACUGUCACUGAUAUCACAAGAAUUGGCUUGUAUGUUGACUUUCACCAAGGCUUUGUGUCUUUUUAUGAUGUAACCAGUCCUAUGAAGUUGCUCCACAAGUACUCAGCUGAUUUCAUAGAGCCCUUAUAUGUUACAGCCUGGCUGUCAAAGAAGGACAAUGUAGUCUCUCUGGUGGCGAAAUGAUGCAACAAUGAUCAUGUGUCUUCACCGUGAGCUUGUAAACGCGAAAAAAAGGUGCUUUAUGAAUGUUUAUUUAGCUUACAUAACAAGGUAUUUAAAGAUAAGGUGGUAUAUGUGAAGGAUAUUUUCACAUACGUGUCAUUGAAGGUUAAAUUUACUACCAUCUAGUGGUAACUGGACAACAUGAACAUUUGCAGCAGAAGGAGUGUUAGGAAUUUAUUGCAGCUUUAUUGCAGCUUGCCUGCUCUUGAAUGUGAUAUGAAUGAGGAAAAAAGCACACAAUUGGCUGUCAACAAUCUUUUAUUUGUCUUACGAGUGCACAUUCAGAACCAUUAAAAAGCUAUAUGAGGAUUUAUGAAAGGUCUGUAAAAUCAUCAAGAUAAUACAAAUUUACUUUGGAAAUCAUUAACACGCUUAAAAGUUCCCUGAGGUCAACUUCAGGCGCUAAAAUCAGUUUCUUUCUCGUCAUAAACUGGAUUUACAAAGUGCACACCUGUCUGAGUCAGGGAGAUUGAAUUAUUUGA